CAGCCCUCUCAUCACUCAGUCAGUGAUGAAUGCCUCUCAGUCCAUGGCCUGCAACCACAAAGCGGAGUGGCGAGAAAGGUGGCUAAUAUCCUGUUAGCUUGCCAGUGGCUUUCCAGAUCAAUAAGGUAGAGAGGCUGCACGCAGGGGAAGCACCUCUUCUUCAGUCACGAACAGCACUCGAGGGGGAGCGAGCACUCACACACAGGCUCCUGGAAUUCUGUGGAGUCUCGCGAUAACUGCUCAGUGUCGCCGCCCACGGAGAGGCUAGGGCUCCACCUUACUAGGCUAUUAUAAGCAGUUCCAGUGGACAGACAGACAGACAGAGAGACAGACAGAGGACCAGAGCUGUGUAAAUGGACGAGGGACACAGAGGGUGGAGAAGGGCCUCUGUUACCUAACUAAACCUGGAGAAAACAACAGCCAGCCCUGCUGAACGAUUAACUCCCUGUCAGAGCUAACAUGUCGCUGUCCUCGGCAAUGGUGUUGCCCCUGCUCAUAGUCGUUGCAGCAGGGGUGUAUUACAUCUACAAUGAGGUCAUGCAGUUCAUGUCCAAGUCCUUAGUGCGAAACAAAGUGGUGGUGAUCACUGACGCUGUGUCCGGAGUGGGAACUGAGUGUGCCCAUCUCUUCCACAAGGGCGGUGCCAGACUGAUCCUGUGUGGGACGAGCUGGGAUAAGCUGGAGUCUCUGUAUGACUCUCUGACUAAUGAUGCGGACCCCAGAGAGACGUUUGCCCCAAAGCUGGUGAUCGUGGACUUCAGUGAUAUGCCCAGCAUGGAGGAGGUGGUGGCUGAGGUGGUGGACUGUUACGGCUGUGUGGAUGUGUUGAUCUGUAACAGCAGCGUGAAGCUGAAGGCCCCGGUGCAGAGUGUCUCCCUGGAAGUGGACAGAAACAUCAUGGACAUCAACUACUUCGGCCCCAGCACUCUGGCCAAAGGUGUUCUUCCAACGAUGAUUUCAAGAAGAUCAGGGCACAUUGUGCUGGUUAACAGCAUCCAGGGAAGACUGGCUAUCCCAUUCAGAAGCUCAUAUGCUGCAUCUAAGCACGCGGCGCAGGCCUUCUUUGACUGCCUGCGGGCUGAGGUGGAGGAGUAUGGGAUAGUCGUGAGCACCAUCAGUCAUACCUUCAUCAACGCCUCUGAGCCGCCGCCUGUGGAGGAGGCCAGCCCUAAACCAAACCCCCUGUCUGCAUUUAUCGCCAAGCAGAUGACCCACGGUGUGCGGCCCUCAGUCCUGGCCGAUGAGAUUAUGCAAACAGUGAACAGGAAGAGGACGGAGGUCAUGCUGGCCCACCCCAUCCCCAGAGUGGCCCUGUACCUCCGCUCCCUCAUCCCCUCCUUCCUCUUUGCUGUGCUGGGUGCUGGAGUGAAGGACUCAGUCCUGGCUGAGCAGAUGCAGUAGGAGAGAGGCUGAAGUACAGGAUGGAGUAGGACACAGAUGGCAAAUAAAGCAUGGACUCUUCAGAAAUCAUGCACUUGACAACAGGCUUUAUCACCGUCUGGUGAUAGGACCCAGACCUCAGGAUGGGGUUGGGGACAGGGUGGUGCCUCAGGUUCUUUACUUGGCCAUUAGUUUAUGCUAACUGAAUUAAAGUUAUAAUCCUGAAGAAAGUCUGUGUUUCAGACUAUUUCUGAGAGUAGAUGAAAUCUACUUACAAAUCAAACCAUGUAAUAAACAUGUAUCUUGCAUCCUG